GUGCAGGCAUCUGGAGGAGAGAAUGAGAGAGCAGAAACCGCUUGGCUCCCAGACAAUUCCCCUCCAGGCUUUGGGCCUGGAAUUGAGGAGAAAGUGAGCUAAGUCGGGGUGGGGCGAGUCCAAAGAAGCACAGGCUGGGCCAAGCUAAGCUGCUCUGGGCUGGGCUGAUCCCUCCCCACUCAGGGGCGGGACCCCAGGAGGAGGGAGAGGACAGAGCCACCGGAGAAGACCAGACACUGGAAAAACGAUAUGGCAGGAGCCAGUCUUGGGGCCCGCUUCUACCAGCAGAUCAAAAGACAUCCGGGGAUCAUCCCGAUGAUUGGCUUCAUCUGCCUGGGCAUGGGCAGCGCUGCGCUCUACUUGCUGCGACUCGCCCUGCGCAGCCCCGACGUCUGCUGGGACAGAAAGAACAACCCGGAGCCCUGGAACCGCCUGAGCCCCAAUGACCAAUACAAGUUCCUUGCAGUUUCCACUGACUAUAAGAAGCUAAAGAAGGACCGGCCAGACUUCUAAGCCAGGCUGGGCUGCCAGUGCCAUGCAAACCACGGACAGCCAGCCCAUCCACUUCUUCCACUCCUCCCCUCAGGCCCCAAGGCGUCAGUCUGGCCACCCUGUCCCGCUCCUGCUUACACAGGCCGGGUUCCCACGCAGAGGGGAGGCUGCUCCUCCCCUACUCUCCUCCCUUGCUCCCAGCAGCGGAAGCGCCUCUGACCCUUGGCUUGAGUCCCACGUGGGGGAGGAGGAGGCAGGCAGCACCAGCAGGGGUCCAUCAAAAGAGCCCAGACCAGCCCCUCUGCCCUCCUACCCAGGCCUCGAAGGGUGUGGCACACGCUACGUGUUGAGCGUGGCCUACGUGAGCCAACAAGAAGCAGAGACCUGAGUGCCAAGAGACGUGGUGAGCCCCACGUUCGCCCAGGCUCUGGGAGCCAGCCCAGGGGCGGUGCUGCUCAGCUCCAGCUGGUCCAGGGUCUGCCCAGGCUGGCGCACCUUUGCCUCCUGAACGCACUCCUCCCCUGCCCAAGCCCGCUGCCUCUGGCUGCCACCAGUACCCCCUCCAGCCCCAUACCUGGGCCUCCCCUUGCUGCUCCCCUCCCUUGCUUCCCUCGGUCCCCAGGGAUCAAAGAGAAGCAGCCGUGGGCAAAAUACAAUUUCAUUUAACAAAUUGAAUUUGCUGCGCCUGCUAAUCACGUCUGGUGUCGGCUCUGAUCAGAGACAGAGAGAGGAGGCUGCAGCCCCCGGGGGUCCUUGUGGUAGAGGUGGUGGGCGGGGAGGAGUGUACACAUUGAAGGAGACAAAUCACUGUUUGGCCCAGAGGACCCCACCUACAGUAAUGGAAACUCAGGGCAGGUUGGUAUUUUAUUAGAUAAAAACAGGAAGGAGGGUGCCUACCCACCCCUGCCUGCCACUGGCUCUGAAGGGCACUCCCCAACUUCCCUAAGAAAGAGCACGCAUCUCUGACACUGUGAUCCUGACAGGGGUCCAAGCAGAAAGUGCCUGGGCCCUCCUUCUAAGUCUUGUUAC